GCGCUGUCCGUGGAGGGCGCGGCGGCCCAGAAGAGGGCGUGGGGCUGGGAUGACCACGCGGACGCGACCGAGACCGAGGAGGCGGAGGCGGAGCGGCUCGGCGUGUGGGCGCCCAGAGCCAAGAAGCCGGUCUGCGGCGAGGAGUGCAGAGUAGACGUGUUGGUGCACCAGCGGGACGCCCCAACGAGGCGCAUCGCGGUCACGCAGGUCAACCGUGGCCGCCUCGGCAACCACCUCUUCCAGUGGGCGGCGCUGCUCUCGAUUGCCAAGGAGGGGGGCUUCGAGGUCGUCGUCCGCGGCCUGAAGUACAAGCCGAAGGACACGGCGCAGAUGCGCGGUCUCGCCUCGCUGGUCUGGGAGCCGCAGGACUACGCCACGUUGGAGCAUCGGCCCAACCUGUGCCACGUCUGGGACCAGACCCCGAUCGUCGUGGACACUGGCCUGCCGCGCCUGAGCGUGUGGACAGGCUGGGGCCAGGAGAAGGGCACCGCACACGUCCCCACGGGGAUCGACCCAAAGCCGGGGCAGAACUGGGCAAAGCUGUGGGCCGACGCCAUGGUCAACACCACGCUGCCCGACGGCACGCUGUGCGAGACCUGGGAGCUCGACGGCUUCUUCCAGGACCAGUGGUUCUUCAUGGAGCACAUGGACCUUGUGAGGGAGGCGUUCUGGCACCAGCCUACGGCAGAGCAGGCGGCAGACAUCCUGAAGUGGCUCAUGUAUAACGAAAAG